UUCAUCUUUUCUCUUAACUCUUUGAUAGAGGGAGUGAAAGAGAGGGAGAAAAGAUGCAGAUAUUCGUGAAAACCCUAACAGGGAAGACCAUUACUCUCGAGGUCGAGAGCAGCGACACCAUCGACAAUGUCAAAGCUAAGAUCCAGGACAAGGAAGGUAUUCCACCGGACCAGCAGCGUUUGAUCUUUGCUGGUAAGCAACUUGAGGAUGGCCGUACUUUAGCCGACUACAACAUUCAGAAAGAGUCUACGUUGCAUCUGGUGCUGAGGCUUCGUGGGGGGAUCAUAGAGCCUUCUCUAAUGGCUUUGGCUCGCAAGUACAAUCAAGAUAAGACGAUUUGCAGGAAAUGUUAUGCUCGUCUACAUCCAAGGGCUGUUAACUGCCGGAAGAAGAAGUGUGGUCAUAGCAAUCAGUUGAGGCCUAAGAAGAAGAUCAAGUAAAACUAUAAUGUCCUCGAGACUGGAUUUGAAGUUAGAUGUUUUGACUUCGGCAACAAAUUUGCCUUUUUUUCUUAUUUAUUGACGUUUAUAGGUUUGCGUUUGAUUUAAAGCUGCAUGUAAUUUUGAUAUGUUAUAGUUAUUUGUUUCGUGAAUAUGGAAUGACUGCUUCUCUUGGUAUUGGGAAAAUGGCUUGGAUUCUCCUC